CUGCCUUUGUGCCCCCCUAACGGCGGCCGCGGGCCCCUCCCGGCCGGGCGGCCCCGAGGCAGCGGCAGGAAGGCGAGGGCAGGCUUCGUGGGGAAAACACCCAUCUUCCGGAGUCUGUUCGGUCUUUAAUUUUAACCUUUACGUCGUUAUUUGUACUCAAAAGAGCGGUUCAAAGUUAAUUCCGGGCUCAGGCUGCCCGGCGAGGGACCGCUGGCAGGGUGGAUGGCGCUAAUGGGGAGGCGAUCGUUUGCUGCGGCCUUAAAAAGCUCCCCGAGGAACGAGGGGCAAUUGAGGUGCGCGCAGAACCUGGCAUUUUGCAAUUUCGCUUCGUAGACAACAACUGAAUGAACUUCGGUCCCUCCCCUUGGGGACAAAGACGAGCGGCAGUCGCUCUUCCAAAACCUUCAAACCAAAGAAGAAUAUUCCAGAGGGUUCUCACCAGUACGAGCUGCUCAAACAUGCCGAGGCCACGCUUGGAAGUGGUAACCUCCGGAUGGCUGUUAUGCUUCCAGAGGGUGAAGACUUAAAUGAAUGGGUUGCAGUUAACACCGUUGACUUCUUCAACCAGAUCAAUAUGCUUUAUGGAACCAUCACGGACUUCUGCACGGAGGAGAGUUGCCCGGUGAUGUCUGCUGGCCCAAAGUACGAGUACCACUGGGCAGAUGGGACAAACAUAAAGAAGCCAAUCAAGUGCUCUGCACCAAAGUACAUAGAUUACCUGAUGACUUGGGUCCAGGAUCAGCUGGAUGAUGAAACGCUAUUUCCUUCUAAAAUAGGCGUACCGUUCCCAAAGAAUUUCAUGUCAGUGGCAAAGACGAUUUUAAAGCGUCUCUUCAGAGUUUACGCUCACAUUUAUCACCAGCACUUUGAUCCAGUUAUCCAGCUACAGGAAGAGGCACAUCUUAACACUUCUUUCAAGCACUUUAUAUUUUUUGUUCAGGAAUUCAACCUUAUUGAUAGAAGAGAGCUUGCACCACUUCAAGAACUGAUUGAAAAACUCACCUCUAAGGACAGAUAAAAGGAAGAGGAUUUUUUCGAAGUCACUUGUUUCUUUAAGCGAGCGUGUGGUAUUUGUUUUUUGUUCAUUUGUUUUUUUAAAAACAAAACCCUGUGCUGUUAUUCCUGACAGCCAAGUUCUACUCUCUGUGCUUUUAUUAGGGGAAAUCUUUUGUCUGUUAGUGACAUGCAGUAAAUAGCCUUUUUUUUUUUUUGAUAGUUGUUAUUCAUUGUGGAAUUUUAGCAGGUGCUGACUGUUUGUAAAGGAAACAUGCUUGGUUGGGGGAUUGACUCUGCUGGUGGAUGGGUUCUGUAUUGUGUCAAUGGUAGCCCAUUCUCAUGAAGUCCCUUAAAGACUUCCUUACAUUCUCUAAGUGCCUUGGCAAACUCGCUUCUGAGGUGCAAAGCACAUACAAUACUGAACGUUGCUGGAAACAGAAAAUACGAACUAACACCCAAGACACUUACUGAUACUUGUUUUAGAAAAAAAAUAUAUAUAUACUUACACUAAAAAAGCCAUAACUUACUUAAAUCGAUGAUCUCCAGCUUUUAAUACGAAUAUUUGUCUUAUUUUUUUAGAGAUUAAUAUAGGAUUUUUCAAAAGUAGCUAUUUCUUAUAAAGAGAAGUGAUACGAACCUCUAGUCGCCAAAUCAAAAUGAUGAAGGAGGUGUCAAAAUUACAGAGAACUUGUGGUUAGCAAAUACUUACACGUCUGUUGCACUGUUUUUUGCUUUUUGUGGUUACUUUUUUGUAACAGGUGAGUACAAUACCAAGUUGGGUAGGGCACUUCUGUUAAGUUUCCUAGCGUUUGCCAAAUGAACCGUCAGUUUGCACAAAUACAGUUAGGGAAGAUAGUCAAUAGCAAAACUACACUGGAGUAAUACUAAGAAAAUCCUGCCUUUAAAAAUAACUAAUGAGAUGGUGUUUGUAAAUUAGGAAUAAAAAGCCCAGCUCCAUGGAGGAGGUCUGAUGGCCAGUGUUUUCUGUAAUAGGGAACAUAGCUUGAAGGGAAGGUAAUUUUGUGAACUGUUUAGGAUUUUCAUUAGCACAACAGUGUUCUCCCCCAUUUAAAAUUGCUGCCCAUCUCCAAAGAACUACAGAAGUUGGGAAAAGUAAUGGGAACAUACUGGUGAUUUUUAGUGGUUUGUAAUUUUGUAAGUGCAUCUGUUGUUUCUGAGAAAACCUAACUGAAAUGUGUCCUUCCCCCCACCUGUGUUAGCCUCUCUGCCUCCCUAGCUUUCUCUUGCCUCAAACCAGACAUGAGAAUCACCUGUGACAAGUUAACUUCUGGGGCUGUUGCAGACAAUGGCUUGGAAAUCUCUGCUGCAACUAUAUCAGUUGGGUUUCCCAUUGCAGAAGCCUAUAUGACUCUCCUCUCUGGUUCAUUUAUGGGUCUUGUCAAUGCUGCUGCAUUUGGGCUUCAAAUAAAUAUGCAUUAGGGUCUGCAGUGUGCUAUCCCAUGAUAUCACUAGUUGCCAGAUCUAAUACAGUAGGUGGUUAAGGUUGGCAGGCUUUUCUAGGUUGUGACUUUCCUAAAACACCAUUUUUAGAUCUGAGUAAUGUGUAUGUAUCAACUGACCCACGUAUACUACAUUGACUCUCAAACCUCAGAAAUUUACAGGUAAAGUCAUGGCAGAAAAGUUGAGCUUUUAUUUUGGGCACCUCUGCUUGACUGAAAGCGUUGAGUAAAGGAGAAAAUGCUGUGCAGCAGCCUGCAAAACAUCUAAGUGGCCAUUAGUAUAGACAGCUAAGAAGUAUUUAAGCACAAUAAUAAAUAUAUGUUCAUUUUGGAGACAAGAAUCGUUGAUUUUGAGUUAAAAUACUGUACUUCAAAAUCAUCAGAAGCUUAUUUUAAGAGCAAUAUUGUUCCUCAGUGGAGUUAAAUUACCUAGUCAGCAUGAGAAGCAGUUUAAACUUUUGUUACUUCUGUCUCUUUUUUUCUUACCAGACUGGAGAAUAGUUGAGAAGACCUAGUACUGAACAAGAAAAAUGGCCUUGUGUGCUUUUUUUCACAGCUUUUCAUUUAGAAAUGGAAACUGUUCUUCUUCUUGUAGAGUAGUGAAGAGUGGUCAUGCAGUAGUGUUCAUAGUGAAUUUAGGUUUGGUUACAGUAAAGUUAGAUACAGCGACUGCUUGCAAAACACCUGGAGUUUAGCAUAGGUAAUUCAGACAGCCCUUGGCUUCAUUAGAAGCUUUGCUAAAGUUCAAAAAAACAUAGAAUACAUUUUGUCUCCUUUGCAGGUCAAGGUCAAUGUCCAAUAGAAGCUGCUUAUAAGUUAAGGACAAGGGAAAAUUUCACUUACUCUGUUUCAGCUUGUGUCUACACAGAAUGAAGACAUUUUCCUAAUAUGUAACUAUCAAGGGAAAGGGCUUCUUUGCUGUGAUUUUUGUUAACUUGGAAAUUGGGAUUGGAUUACAUUGAUCACAGUCCACGCUGGAAAGAUGAAGUAGGUCAAGCUGAUGAUGCAAAGAGAGCUUUCCCUCAAAUGUUUUGACAGACUCCUAGCUUAAAAAAGAUAGAGUAGGGUCAUACCAUUUUGCAGCCAGUCACGAUAUUGACUCUCCCCUGUGUGUACGUGCACGUGGGAGGAAAAGAGGAGAGGUAUCCCGUGUUUGUUCUCUCUUCAGUGAGUUGGAGGUCAGAAAAAAAUGUGCAAGGUAAAAGAAAACUGAAGGCAAAAGUACAUAAGAGACACAAGCGCAAUUUCCUUCCCUUUGUCAAGACACCUAUGACUGCAGUAUUCACCCCAAUGCUUUUGUCAGUCUUCCUGUUCAGAGGAUAUACGUGGUCUGACAGGCAUCCCCAUGAAAUUUUGUUGGCCGGUGGAAGAGUCAGUCAGUGGUGUAACAUCUAAAUCCUGCUGUCAGGGGUCGAGUAAUGUGCUAGUAAGAAAGGAGCUCUCAUAGGCAGAACAUCCCAUGUGUUGGAUUGGGCAAGUACCAUCCUUUUUAAUAGUUGCAAAAACAGUUCUCCUCCCAUGCACUACCUUUUAUUUUAUUUUAUUUUAUUUUAUUUUAUUUUAUUUUAUUUUUUGUGCUGUAUGGUACAUUCAGCAAGGUAGCUGGGAAUGCAGUCCUUGUAGGGACUGUGCAUGAUUCAUGAUGUCUUUGCAGCUGCAGAAUUGUUUUGAACUGAGUAGCAUGCCUGACAUCUGAUCUGGAUGUGACUCUGAGCCUAGUUAGGCUGCUGCUAGCUCUGGGUGGAGGCUUGGAGGGCUCUUUUAGUUCAGGACUAAACAAUGCAGAAGACUAACAUCUUUGCAGAGCUAUGGGGGUGGAGAGCACUCACGUGACUAUGCAAAAGCAGCUUAGCUCCUGAAUUCGAAGUGCAGUAUUUUAAAUGGACUUCAGUCAUGCAGGAAGCUGAAUUUAGAACAGGAUCUUGCACACACAGCCUUCUAUGCAUACUUCUAUCCAAGAAGUGUUUAAUGACUGAAACUUCUAAGCUUGAGGGAGAUAGGCGUUCAGCUACAGAGGCGUGAAGAGUGCUGCGGAUGCAGUUUGAAAUUAAAAAUCCUAUAAACUUGCCAAUGAAAACUGCUUUACUGAGUUGAGUCACUACAGCUCAAUAGGCUGCAUGUAUAUAUUCACCGUGCUGAUAAAGCUUACUGGAGCCUUUGAACCAGUGCUAGAGUUUGUGUUAUCACAUUGCAACAAGACGUGACAGUGGCACAAGUCUGCACCAAGGGGAGAUACCCCCUAUUAGAUUUAAAGCUUUUUUGUUGGUUUGGUGGCAUAUACAAGAAAGAAAUUAAAAAGAAGAAUACUUAAAAGUGAGGAUUUGCUGUGACUGGUAACCAUUGCAGUUGCUCUCCUCUCCUCAUUUUUCGCAGACUUGCACUCUGAAAUAUUUUUUUUUUCCUUUUUUUGAACACCCAAUUCUAGAAAUUCAGAGGCAUUCACUGCAGUUCAGCAAAUCAGAAUUUGAAUGUAUUACUUAAAAUAUUAUUUUUAUGGAGAUAGUGUAUUUUUUUGCAUUUAGGAUCUGGCAGUAGAAAACACUCCUACAGAAUAGUUUCUAGGCAUGUAAUAAAAGCUUGGAGAUCUUGAUUUGCCUGACAACUGUAUGAACACAUUGUUUAAUUAUACAACACUUGAAAAUAACAUUAAAGGUAAGCAUGCAGUGUUUGGGAUUCAAUAUCCCUAUGCUGUUUAUAUUUGCAGCUUUUAAUUACUUUUUCCUUUUUUGCUUCAAAAAGAUGUGGGACCAGAAAUUCAUGUGUGUUUACACUUGUGAAGUAAGGGCACAUCAAAAUGCUACACAAAAGUUGUCAUGUUUUACAAGCCAAAUCUGGGUAGAGUGAAUAUGUUUAUAAAAUAGUGCAUCGGUUGGGGGGUGGCAACCCCCCAAAUAAAACCCAGAGAAAUGAACCCAGAACAAAUGUGCUGCUUUAGGCCUGUGUUACAAACAGUCUCUGUUACGUGUCAUGAGAUCUUUGAAACAAAACCUUUCUGCUUUGUGGCUAUCGGGAGCAGAAGGUGCCGAUGGGGCUAAAUCAGGCUGGGUGCUGCCAGUGGUUGCUGAGGCCUUCCAGUCUACUGAUGUCCUUAAAUUCUGCUGUUUGGGGUGUUCUUCAGCUACCAGCAUAUUUGACCAUGUCAGUGAUGUGGGUGGUAACUUCAGGAGGUCAUCUACCUCAAGCCGGGAUGGGACAAACUGUUAGUUAAGCACGUUUGGCCACCUUUGCCAGUGUUGACACUGUUGAGAUGGUUUUGGAUAUGUUAUGCUUGCAGUCUUUCAUAUUCAAGUCAGGGAUACAAGUUAAUUGUGCAAAUAGAAAAGAAAAAUGCCACAUUCUGCUGUUGCAGGUAGCUGAAUGGUAGGUGAGGGGAGAAAACAGGUUUCAAGGGGCUGACGGCCCGUCUGCAAGCAUCAAGUUUCUUUUACUGCUUACUAUGCAAUGUAGAGCUUUGAACUUUAGCUUUUACUUCAAGCUGCAGAGGAGCACUGUCCUUCUUCAGUAUUUAGGAACUGAACACUCUCCCAGUCUCCCUGACACUCACUUAACAGGUAAAGGAUACCUAUUUGCUGCUAUGGACUUAACGUACCUUUCAGAUUGUUCCUUUCUGCUUCUUGCCCCCCUUUCUCUUGAACCACAAGACACAGUUUUAUUAUAAACAUAUCCUUUUUGGGUAGCUUUCCUUUUUCUUACCAGCCUUUCCCCCCUUCCUACCUGCCAGAGUGCUAUAUUACUGUAUAUAAAACACCCCCUUUUAGUUAGACUAUUUAAAGAGGUGCAGCAUGAAUACAGAUUCCUUGCUUUUCUUUCACUAAAAGAUUCACUCUGAAUCUUAUUUCCUUUACUGCUAAUUCCAGUUGUUUUUUCCCAAACUGCACUAAAACCACUAGUAGGUUUACGAAUGUCUGUUGUCUUUUCCUGGAUAUCUUAUAAGAUGAGGCUAACAUUGGUCAUUUUAAGUGUUAAACCUUUCUACUUUCAUGCUUUUCUUACAAUUUCCUUUUACCAGGUUAAGAUUGCAGCCUAGGUAAAUACCAGAUUACGUUUUUGUUUUAGAAACAAAUUCCCUGAAUUGUUCAUAGAAUAUUGUAUUUUUAGGGGAAAUUAAUUUUUAUAGUCACUAAACUAUACUCAUUAUUUUUGUACGUUUGCAACUUCUGACAUUUUUCAGAGAUGUGUCGCAGAGGGAACGCUUAUUUACAUUGCUGUUUUAUUACUUCUGUGUGCUGUAGUCGUGUUGCUUCGUACCACAGAAGCACAUACCUUGCUGUGCAAUGGGAGAGAAGAAUGCAGUAGGAGUGAACAAGGUUUCAAUAAAAGGUCAUUUCUGAAGGCAAAAUAUAUAUAUAUAUAUAUAUAUAUAUAUAUAUAUAUGUAUAUUACAGAAGCAACGCUAACCUUUCCUCCUCUUAAAAUCUUAAUAACAUAUGGGAGAAAAUAUGGUGUAAAAUGCAAGACGAGAACCCUUACUGUAAGCUAACUGUGCCAAUAUCGCUUCAGUUUGUAGUCACUGAUUGUUCCUUAGUUUUAAAUGACAGCUUUUGAUUUACAAAAAGAAAAAAAAAAGUUGAAUGUCUGAAAAUUUGCAACAUGUUUAUUUGAGAGUUGUAAAUAAUGUAUACAGAUCGUUGUCUGUGAUGGGACAAAAUAUUUAAAUUCUAGUUUUUUUUUGUUUUUGUUUUUUUUUCAACAAGGAGCUGAAGGCUGUUUAUAAGAGGAAAAUAAAUAGCUUAUGUUUGA